AGCAACCGCCUCCUUACACGUGUUCGGCUAAAAUCAGUUCCUUUCAAUUGACGCUUCUACCCUUCUCGUCUUCUCCAGCAUAUACCAACACCAUUUCACACAAGUAAGGAAGUCACAGACUCAUCUCUCUUUCAAACGGAAAGGUGACUUGGGGGUUUUCGAGUUUUAUGGUGUCUAUAAAACCUAGCCAAGCUCAUUGUUUCCCCAUGAAUAUGAAUUUACCGGGCUUCAAUACUCUUCCCCACACGGCGGCGCCGGCAACCACGAUGCCGAUUUCCGUACGGAAUAAUACGAUGUCGUUUUAUGAGGAUCCGACAAAGAAGGUUAGGAAGCCUUAUACAAUCACCAAGUCCAGAGAGAACUGGACGGAGCAGGAACAUGACAAGUUUCUUGAAGCCCUUCAUUUAUUUGACCGGGAUUGGAAGAAAAUCGAGGCUUUUGUUGGAUCAAAAACAGUUAUCCAGAUACGAAGCCACGCGCAGAAAUAUUUUCUCAAGGCUCAGAAGAACGGGACUAACGAACAUCUCCCACCUCCUCGACCAAAGAGGAAAGCAAAUCAUCCGUAUCCACAAAAGGCUUCUAAAUGUGUUGCUCUUACAUCUUCAAACGCAUUGCUUGAGCAUGAGUACUUGUACGGCACUAGUCCACAGGCAUUGACUAGUACUCCUAAACAUGGAUCAAUGCGUCGAGAUGUAACUACGCCAAGUCCAGUGAUCAAAGAGGAAUUGGGAGUCCCAGAGAAAUGCUGCAGCACUAGUAUUAGUAGAGAUAAGCAGAGGACUCGAACCGUUGCAGAGAUAAGUGACCAAGGAAGUUGCGAUAAGCCACAUAGAGUGAUGCCGAAUUUCGCUGAAGUUUACAGCUUUAUAGGAAGUGUAUUUGAUCCGAAAACGACAGGUCAUGUCCAGAGAUUGAAGCAAAUGGAUCCAAUAAAUCUAGAAACGGUCCUCUUGUUGAUGAGAAACUUGUCUGUAAACCUGACAAGUCCCGAGUUUGAAGAACAUCUGAGGUUAAUAUCAUCACAAAACAACGCUGAAUAGAGAUUUAAGUACAAUAAGAAUUGAAGAGAAAAAACCAUUACUCUCUCUCUGCCUAAGAUUUAGAUUUUCCGGGAUCUCACUGGACCAAAUGAGUGAGGCGAUUGUACAUACAAGUCAAGAGUUUGGAACAUUUGAUCUUUGGAGAUAGAUCAAGUAUGUGUAGAAACACGGGACAUUAGUAUUUGUGUUGUAAAUUUUAUCUGCGGAAUGCACAGUAUGCACGAUGACAUUACUGGUUUUGCAAGGCUUUAAAGUCUUUGAGUUUAUAUGUAUAAAACUCUGUUUUUGUUGUGUUGAUAUGCAUAGAUCUUUAAAUGGCGCAUACUAAGCAGUCAACUCUGUUCUGUUGUGUUCAUGUGUAUAUGUUAUUUGUUUGAUAGGAGGUGGGCUCGGCUUUCUCUCGUUAGCGAUCUGCUUUGUGUCUUUUUUGUUUCCCGGUCAUGGAUAACUUUCACUAAAUCCGGUUCGCUUGUGUAAUUUCCCUCUUGAAGAUUUUGUAUCCGGAAGAUCAUUU